GAGAGAGAGAGAGAGAGAGACUGGGCUUGUGCACCGGUUUGUGUGAUGCUGAUGCUUGGAUGUGUGAUGCUGUAGUGGUCAGUAUCGGUCCUCCAUGGCGGGUUUAGCUCUCAUACUCACUGCUGAGAUGGAGACAUGACCGGAGAAACAAGAGGAAAGCACCACGAUCUCUUCCUUAGAGAAGGGCUUUAGCCAGCUUGAGGAGGAGCAGACGGAGGACGAGUUCUUCCCGGCACUCUCAGGUUGCAGCUGCAGGUUUAAACGGAGCGCGUGCACAGCGCUGCUAGUCUCACUAUGAGAGUCUCCUGAUUCGGAUCCAAGCAAAUUUCUGCAGAGCGUCUGCGCCGGGCGGCUUGCGUCUUGUAUCCACAGUUCGGCGGUAGCGGGGCGCUUUCUGUGCGCCACUGAGUUGGUGAAGGUGAUGGAGAAGCCGGCACAAGCCCAGCUGCAGUCAGGUGCAGCCAAGAGCACGGAGAGCUGCACCGAGGAUUUGUCCAAAGUCACGGAUCAGGAGCUCAUGAAGUGGAGUAAAGACGAGCUGGUGCGGCGGCUGCGCAGAGCCGAGGCCGAAAAGAUGAGCGCCAUAGUGGAGCACGGAAACCUGAUCCGAGAGGUGAACCGCAGGCUCCAGCAGCACCUGAACGAGAUCCGGGGACUGAAGGAGGUGAAUCAGAAACUGCAAGAGGAUAACCAGGAGUUGCGUGACCUUUGCUGCUUCUUGGACGAUGAUCGGCAGAAGGGGAAGAAAGUGUCAAGGGAGUGGCAGCGCCUCGGCCGCUACAGUGCAGGCAUUAUGCGUAAGGAGGUGACCCUGUACCUGCAGAAACUGAAGGAGCUGGAGCAGAGGCAGGAGGAGGUGCUGAAAGAAAACUUAGAGCUGAGGGAGCUGUGUCUCAUGCUGGAUGAGGAAAAAGGCUCUGGAGGCACAGGAGGCUUGCUGAGCACUGGAGGUCCAGCAGGCUGUAGGAACUCUAUCGACAGCCAGAGCAGCCUGUCACAUGCCAGUGUGCCCGGGCCAGGGCUGCUGAGGGACGUUGGGGAUGGGAGUAGUACUUCCAGUGCAGGCAGCACUGACAGUCCUGAUCAUCUGACACACAAGCAACAGCUGCUGGCUGGUCCAGCUGGAGGCAGUCUUGAGCAUGUCCACAAACCCCGGGCAGGGGAGGAGAUGCCAGUUCCAGAGCAACUCAACCGCAGAAGGAGCACAAGUCCAGAGUAUGCUGCCCACACCUUUCCUCAAGUGUGCCGGCCUCGCUGCGGGUCCUUCUCUAGCCCCGAUCACAAGGGCUUGCGAGGUCUCAGCCCCGAAAAGCUUGGCAAAAGAGGCAGUCCAGAGCAGUUUCCAAAGCACUUGCCAGUGUCUUCUCAGCCUCCUGGUAGCCCUGACCUCUUUCAGAAGCACAGGACAAGCAUCGGGAGCCUUUGUGGCAGUCCAGAGCCUAAGCAGAUAAUGUCAGGGACUCCCGAACAUCUGCAGAAGGGUCGUGUGAUUGCAGGAAGCCCUGAGAUGCUAAGGCACCAGUACAGUGGCAGUCCAGAUCAUGGCAAGUUUGGCAGCCCUGGGCGGGAUGUGGCACAAAGGAGGUCAGGAGCAGAAGAGCUGUCCCCACAUCACCGGAGCAUCUACAGUGGUAUGAAUGCUCUGCUAUCUGCUGGCUGCUGCACCACCUCCUGUAGAAGUGUCAAGCUUUGGGACAGCUUUGAUGCCUCCUGACCGUUGCCUUGACUGGAUCCAGUGCUGGGUUCCUGGCUUUGUAGGAGCCCAGAUCUCUGCUGUCUUUUGCACUGGGAGAGAGAGUGCACACUGUUGUGCAGCAGCCAGUGUCUUGUGUCUUUUCCACCCCAUGCUGGUUUCAGGUGUCCUGUUCCCCUGUUAGAGCUCUGCACAACAACAACAAAAGUAAAAAAAAAAAAAAAAAAAGAAAAAAAAAUUGAAAAGGGGUUUCAUAGGAGGGAGAAGGCUAGAACCCCCUAACAAGAAUUCUGUAAUGGGAGAUGAAAGAUGCUCCCUACGUUGCCAACAAAGUAGACCUACCUCCUUGAAAUGAAAGCAGUUAACAAUGAGCAUAAACGUGUGAAAUGGGAUUCAGAGGCUAACACCCUUCCUGUUUACAGAUGCCAUACACAACUUCAUAUGACCAAUAAAGAAGUAUUUCUAUUUGGAUCCACUAGUAAAUUUAAUUGGACUUGCUGUGUAUCACAGGAAAUUAAAAAAAAGUAUUAUCAUAGCGAUCACUGCCUUGCUUCUGUUAAGAGCUUUGUGGCAACCAUAAGUUCAUUAUUAUAACAAUAUAAAUCACAUUAUUAAACGUGGAGAUGGUACAAACAAAACAUUGCUCUUAUCUGUCAUCAACCAGUGACUGCUGAUGAACCGUGUGUUAGAUGAAGUGCGGAAUAAAUACGAUUAAUUUCUGGAAGCACAAAGCCAACCUUAAAAUGCUCCCUCCCCUCUCAGUCAACAUAAGUGGACCAUUCUAGAGGGGUAAAUAUUUGACAUGGCAAACAUUCUCAAAAAAAAAAAAAAAAAAAAGAAAACAAAAAGCAAAAAAGAACAAAAGAAAGAAAUUAAAAAAAAAACAGUCUCCCACUCUUCCCAUACUAAGUACCAUCAUGCCUUGCUUCUGCCCAGUUGUUUCUGUGAACUUCUGCUCUGAUAGACAAUAGAACAAAUGCACACACAUAAACACACAUAUAAACACACACAAAACAUAUGCACAUUAUAUUUUAUAUGGGAAUAAUGCUUCAUGUGGGAGAACUGGACAGCACACAGUUGUAUACUUGCGUAAGUGAUUUUUGGUAGCCCUUUAUUUAUUAGGCCUAGAUCACAAGUCCUGUGUGCCAACCAUUGAUCCUCCAGUAUAAAUCAGUAUUACAUACAGUACAAGCUACUUUGUAACCUCUUUGACCUGUGAUCUUUUUUAUUUUUGUUGAGAAAUUAUAUGAGAAAGAACCAAUAUUAAUAUAUAAAACUUUUAUGUUUUUAAAAAGUAAAGAGUAGUUUAUCUGCUUAGUUUUUUAAAUAUGAUGAUUAUUAUUUUUGACGUACUGGUAUUAUAUAAAUAUAUAUGGUUAUUAUACUGAGAGAUCUGUAUGUAUAUAAUAAAAAGUGUCUUCUUUAUGUAAAUCACUUUUACUUGGGUGACUCUCAUUUGUUAUUUAUUAUUAUAUUAUGCAGUGCCGUAGGUAGCGCUGCCGCCCCCCGCUCCAGGAUCUCACUUUGAUCGUGAGCUCGGGUUACUGUCUGUGUGGAGUUCCACAUGUUCUCUCUGUGGGUUUCUUCCAGGGUCUCCGGUUUCCUCCCACCUUUGGAAAACAUGCCGGUAGGCGGAUUGGCACUGCUAAAUUGCCCCUAGGUGUGAAUGUGUGUGUGUAGUGCCCUGCAAUGGAUUGGAUUUCCAUCCAGUGUGUGUUCCGGCUUCAUGCCCAACCAAAUCAGGAUAAAGUAGUUACUAAAGAUUAUAGACAUUAUAGACAUUAUUUGUUGUGUGGGGAUUGUCCUUAUUAUCAUUUUAUCAGUUUCAUGUGGUAAGCCAAUGGAGUAGCCUAAUGGAGAUUUUACAAUGGGUUUGUGGUGAGUUCACAUAAAUAGUAUUGAUGGAGGAAGAAAAUAUAAAGUACCAUAUUUUCCAAUGAUCUCUAAGGACUAAAUAAAUAAGGCAAUAGAUUUUAGAAAUUAGUUAAUAAAAAUUCUUAAAUAUUUUAGCAGGGAAUUCAACAAACUGUGGUGGACUGGAACUGGGUUAGGUGAAUAAGCCCGUUGAUAUCCAAACCAUAAGAUGUUUAAAGCAUAACAUUAAUUCUGCAGAGUUCUAAAAUUCUAAGUUAUAAGUGAGUCCUUUCUGUUUAAAAUUUCCAACUAUAUUUCUGCAACAAUUUAAAAUGCUAAGAGCGAAAGUAAGUGAUGUAAUGGCUGUUUAUUGUCCUUUCUUAUGAUAUGUUCAUCAAAACUAUCUGAUCUUGUUUUUGUUAAUAUCAGUAUAGGAUUUACUGAAUCUUUUACAGGAGAUACAAUGACUCGAUAGUUGAUAAAUAAAGCAAAAUCAUAGUUUUUUCAAACAAUUAAUAUAAACCUAUUAAACCCAAAUUUAAAAUUUAAGAAAUUUUCCAAAUCCAAACCAUUCUGUACGCAUCAAAAGUUGAUAUACAAUUGCUAAUGAAGAUAACUGAAAGUUUUUAAAUAUUUUUAUGCGUAUCAGAUAAGAUAAGAGGUUUAAUAUGGGCCCUGAAAUGCGGGCCUUCUCAUGAUUUUUUUAGUUAGACUGACAAAAAGUUUUAAAACAGUUUACUAGACAUGUACACUGUUUCAAGAUUUUUGGCAUUGCUACAUGAACACUUGAAGAGUUCCAACUGUUUAUUUUCUCUUUAUAAAAAUGUAAUAAAAUCCUGGCAUAUUCAUAGGUAAUUAAAAAUCCUGGCUUAAGCCUAAAAUUUUUUGGACACAACAGUUAAAUAAGUUAAAUAUCAUCAUCCAUUAUAAACCUCUCAUUCUAACUGUAUUUGCAGAAAAACUCUUCACAUCCAAAGCAAAUAUUUAAUUCCUUACUGACAGCUACCAGGACUUGAACUCGUUAGCAGUGAAAACAAUGUUCUCCAGAAAAUUCAGGGCGUGUGCACAUAUUUUUUUAUAAAUAGAUUUCUUAAAGAGGUUAUAGAUAAUGGAAUGAUAUGUGUGUUACCCUUAUUAAAGGAACAGUUUUGUUGGUAAGAGUAUUCCUAUGCUGACAUAUCAUCCAACUAAUACAAUAAACUUCAAACUGUCAAACUGUUGUUUUAAAAGACACAUGCAAUAAUUUCCUGUAGGCCGAACAAAAAUGCCAAAGACAACAUUGUCAGGAGCGAAAUAAAUGAUCUGUCAGAUAAGAACUAUCAUUCUGUAGCAUGCAACUAUUCAGGAUGUGGAGCAUGUAAAUUUAUUAACAUAGCCACUAAAGCAUUGUUUUUAUCACUUAUUCACUACUCCUUUUGUAUCACUGCAGGGGUUGUUUAUUAUUUGUAUCCGUGAUAAGCUGUACAUUGGAGAAGCCUAAAGAAAACUUGUUUUCUCAAACAACUCUAUACUAUUAGAAUGAAUGAUUUAUUAUUUCCAGAGGUGGGACACCAACAGGAAUGGAUGGAUUAGAUUAGAUUAGAUUAGAUUAGAUUAGAUUAGAUUAGAUCAGAUCAGAUCAUGUGUACUGCUUACUGGUCUGCGCAAAGUGUCUGAUCAAAUCUACAUUUUGUCCGGAACAGGAAGUAUCCCAGUAGGUAUCGACUCCACAAGGUAGCAAUCAAUUUCCCACUGUAGCAUUGACCCUGUUAUGUAUGAUAUUAAGAGAGAAAAUAUAUUGAUCACAUUUUGGCCAAUUGCCUCUAAGAAUGGAUCUGUAUUAUGUAUUAAUUCAGAGUGUAGCAGCUCAGAGGAGGAAGGUUGUAGUACAUUUCUUAUAAACACCACCUUCAACUGGGUGAAUGUAUUAGUAGAGUCAGUCAUGGUCUGAGAUGCUUGUAGGGCAUGGAUCAGGUGUUUAUUCAAACGGAAUAGAGAGCAUGUGUGAGUGUGUGUGUAUGUGUGUAUGUGUGUGUGUGUGUGCGCAUGUGGGCUAUAAAUUUGCUAAAAAUGUGUGUUCUGUUCUGUAAGUAGGUAAGUAUAUCAGCCAGAAGGUCCUGGGCAAAGAGCAGCAGCAUGUGCACACUGAUUAAGAUGCAUGAUCUUAGAGGAACCAGGACCACACACACACACACACAAAACUAGGUAUGUGAACAUUUAGGCACACAUGCAGUCUCCUAAUGUCUGAAUUUCUCUUUUCCACUGCAAUGCAGCACACAAUGAAGUCUUGCUGUGAGCUGGCCUGUGUGUCAGCCUGCCCAAAACAUCCAAUCCAUCAACACAACCAUCAGACCAAGGGAAACCUAGAGGCCUAUAAAUCUCUCUCUCUCUCUCUCUCUCUCUCUCUCACACACACACACACACACACACUACACAUUGAACCUCAAGAUCUGUACCAAUCACUGGGAUAAUGUUUCAUACUGGAUGUGGAUAUAACCUGGUAUUUACAGCCCAGAUUGUGGGAGAACCUGAGAGCCUGAGUGAGUGUGAGCUGGGAAAAGUAUCAAAAAAUGCAGAGUUGUACAAAGACAAAUAAAUAGGAAAUGCUGAGCUGGAGGAAUAUGGCAUACUGUGUUUGCAUUCUGCUGGGGUGUGAGCCAGUACUGCAAGAAAGACUGGCCAUGGAAUAAGUCACUUGUUAUAAAUAUAUUAUACUGUAGCUAUUUUUUAUGAGAACAAGUGAAUGAUUACAAAAUAACUUUAAGGAGGCAUUCAUUUAUUCUGAUGUCUAACUUCAUGCACAAAAAUAUCCUCAAAUCUCAUCAGAAUAUGGUAAAAGAUAUGAGCCUGUCUGUGUAAGAAUAUCCACUCCCUAACUAGGUAGCGGGUUUCUGACUAGGUAGAUUAUAAUCUAUCAUACUGCAGAGCAGUUGAAUUCUUGAUUCUGAUUGGUCAGGAGGUGUUGAUUAAUUUUCUAUAACAGCACAGCUCAGACAAUAGUGCCGGCUACAAGAUAAAUCACAGCACACCCCAUCAUGUUUUAUUUCUUCCUUCCUGACUGGGUUGAGUGAUUAAAAAAACAAAGAUGGUUUAGUUUAAGUACGCUGCUUGCCAACUGUGCAGUUUUGUAAACAAUUAUUUAACCCCACACACUCCUGUUUUAUUGUUGUAUUAUCCAUAUUAAGGCAUAUGAUUUUGUAUCUUCUGUUCAACUAUUGGGAAAAUAUUAGGAAAAGUCUGUAGUUGUAAGAGGCAGCACAGUGGUGCAGUGGGAAACGUUCCUGCCUCAGAGCUACAGGGUCCCCAGUUCUGAGCUCUGGUUGCUGCCUGUGUGGAGUUUCACAUGUUCUCCCUGUGUUUGUGUGGGUUUCCUUUGGGAUUCUCUGGUUUCCUACCACCUCGCAAAAACAUGGCAGUAGGUGGACUGGCUACUCUAACGUACCCUAGGUGUGAAUGAGUGUGGGACUGUAUGUGUGCAUGGUGUCCUGCAAUAGACUGGUGUCCCAUCUGGGGUGUAUUCCUGUCUCAUGCCUAGUGUUCCCACAAUAGGCUACGGAUCCACCAUGACCCUGACCAGGAUAAAGAUUACUGAAGAUGAAUGAAUGUAGUUACAAGAGUGAGGAGUGUACGUCUGGAACCACCACUGGGUCCUGGGGUUUACAAAGUGUUCCUCCAAGAUCAAUCCAAGCUUCUGCAGCUCUGAAAAGAAGCUAAGCCUUAAUCUAAAUCCAGACAUGUUUCUCAUUUAUCACAGAGCUUCUUUGGCUGAUCUAAUCAAUUGCUGCAUAUUAUUUCAUGUCACUACUUCAUGUCACUAGCCAGUGAUUCAUACACAUCAGUACUUGUAUUCAAACUGAAAUUAGCUGAAUUUGAUUAUUUCAAUCUGCAAAUCAGAGGAAAACUAAGUAAUCUAUCAGUCUAAAAACCCAAAUAAAUAGAGUAAAGAAAAUAAAAUAUAAUGGUACGAAAAUUCUUGGAAACUGCUUGCAUCAAUGUGAGGAUUAAUAAGUUUGGAUUUAUUAUUUAAGUCUUCUCACUACUAAUAUGAUGACUGAUUAAUGUAAGAGUACAGAUGGAAAUUGCUUGCAUCAAUGUGAGGAUUAAUAAGUUUGGAUUUAUUAUUCAAGUCUUCUCAGUACUAAUAUGAUGACUGAUUAAUGUAAGAGUACAGAUGGCUUUACCAUCUCAGAGACUGGAAAGUCUUAUAAGCAGUUUUUUUAAUGUUCAGGGAUCAGAGUCAGUGAAAAUUCUUCCGUGAUUUUAUGAAGAAAGUAAUUAAGGCUGCAUCAAGAUAUUUCAUGACAUGACAGAAUGUUGGGUGGCAUUACAUCUCUUUCUCCCAGACAGUAUGUUGUGUUAUUACACAGCACAUAAUCCUUACUCUGGGCUGAGUCAUCUUUCUGCUACUUAUGCCUUUUCCAGACCUUUAUCAGAGAGCAUUCUGGGAGUUAAUGAGAGCCAGAGGCAAUGCAGCCUCUAGCGAGGUAGCAUUGCACUGCUCAAAAUACUGAGUGGUCAUGUGGGGAAAAUACAGCUCAUGGUUUUCUAGUGCAUUACACUGUUUCAUCAAUAAUGUAUCCGCUUCAUCUCUUCCAUUCCACGUCUCCUCCUGGUCAUUAUACGAUUUGAUGACCAGAUGCCACUGGGUAUUUCAGGCCUAAUGUUAAAGUGCCCAUCCCCCUCGGAUAGGUAGUAAUGUGUGUAUAUAUAUAUAUGUGUGUGUGUGUGUGUGUGUGCACUAGCAAGUGGGAGGGUUACACUGGAGGGUACACUGUCACUGUUCCUUGGACACUCGUCUCCAUGGUGACACAUGCAGACUUUCACUUCUGCUUUUAACUCACACCCAUCACUCUGCAUAUUCUGCAGAUGUCUUAACCUCUCCAGCUUCCAAAAGAACAAAGAUUUCCGUUAGAUCUCUCUUCCAUGUUAAUCUGUCUCGUU